AAAUGGUAGUGUACCAAAUAUCCUUUUGGCAAACUCCAAUUUGACACUCAAACCUCCACUGACUUAAAUUCCUUUUCCCAUAAUCUAUUCUAUAACAAUAACAAGAAAACAUUCCCAAAAUAUUCCUAAGAUACAAUACAAUAUAUCAAAAAACAUUUCAGGUCACCAAAUCAAACCACAUAUGCAAAAUCAAUCACGCCAAGAAAAGAAACAUAAUCAAUAGUCAUGCACAUUCACUCCAUAUAACUAACAUAAAUCAAUCAUCACCAAAACAUAACCAACACUUUCAAAACAUCAUGCAUUUUCACAUUCCCUAUCUUUUCAACACCAUGACCAAACAAACCAAUCUAAACCUCACCUCCUCCUCUUCCCCCUCCUCCGCUUUCGCGGCCAUUAAUUUCAACUUUAACAUGAUAUAUUCGCUCGGUCUCUACCUUUUACAUGACAUCCAAAUUCUAGAAAUUCUCUUCGCGAUUACCAUCUUCUUAGUCAUUCAUUCUCUUAGACAAAAAAACCAUCAUGGCCUACCUAUUUGGCCUAUUCUCGGCAUGUUACCGUCUUUAGUCACCGGUCUAAGGACCAACUUGUAUGAAUGGAUCACCGACAUUCUUAACAAACAAAACGGGACCUUUAGAUUUAAAGGUCCUAGUUUUAGCAGCCUCAACUGCAUAGUCACUUCUGAUCCUCGAAACCUCGAACAUCUUCUCAAAACCAAAUUCAUUAACUUCCCUAAAGGAACUUACUUCAGAAACAUGGUUAGAGACUUACUUGGAGAUGGUAUAUUCAGUGCAGAUGACGAAAUAUGGCAGAAACAAAGAAAAACAGCGAGUAUCGAGUUUCAUUCAACAAAGUUCAGAAAUUUAACAACUGAUUCUUUAUUUGAGCUUGUUCAUUCAAGGCUUUUACCUGUUUUAGAUGAAUCAGUUGAUAAAAAAGUUGUUAUUGAUCUUCAAGACAUUCUUUUAAGGUUAACUUUUGAUAAUGUUUGUAUGAUAGCUUUUGGUGUUGAUCCUGGUUGUUUGAGUCAAAAACUUCCCGAGAUACCAUUCGCGAAAGCCUUCGAAGAUGCAACAGAAAUGACCGUGCUUCGUUUCGUUAUGCCUACGUGUGUUUGGAAGUUCAUGAGACUUCUUAACUUCGGCACAGAAAGAAAACUCAAGAAAUCAAUUAAAGGGGUUGAUGAGUUUGCUGAGAAUGUCAUAAAGACUAGAAAAAAAGAACUGUCUUUGGAAUUUGAGAAUAAGAAGCAAAGAUCUGAUUUGUUAACUGUUUUUAUGAAGAUGAAAGAUGAGAAUGGAAGUGCUUAUUCUGAUAAGUUCUUGAGAGAUAUAUGUGUGAAUUUUAUAUUGGCUGGUAGAGACACUUCUUCUGUGGCUUUGAGUUGGUUUUUUUGGUUGCUUGAUAAGAAUCAUGAAGUGGAAGAGAAGAUAUUAGAAGAGAUAUGCAGAGUUGUGAGUCAGAGAAAUGAUAUGAAGAAUGAAGAGUUUGGAAAUUCAUUGAUUUUUAGGCCUGAAGAGAUUAAAAAAAUGGAUUAUUUGCAUGCUUGUUUGUCUGAAACUCUCAGAUUAUACCCUUCUGUUCCUGUUGAUCACAAGGAGGUAGUUGAGGAUGAUACAUUUCCAGAUGGAACAGUACUAAAAAAAGGUACAAAAGUGGUGUAUGCAAUUUAUGCAAUGGGAAGAAUGGAAAGCAUAUGGGGAAAAGAUUGUAGAGAAUUUAAGCCAGAAAGAUGGUUAAAAGAUGGACACUUUAUGAGUGAAUCUGCUUACAAAUUCACAGCAUUUAAUGGUGGACCAAGGUUAUGCUUAGGCAAAGAUUUUGCAUAUUAUCAGAUGAAAUAUGUUGCUGCUAGUAUCAUAUAUAGAUAUCAUGUGAAGGUUGUUGAGAAUCAUCCUGUGGAGCCAAAGAUUGCAUUAACUAUGUACAUGAAGCAUGGAAUUAAAGUUAAUCUCUAUAAGAGGGAUGCUGCAGAAAUUCAAAAAUAGUUGGAUUUGAUCGAUGGCUAAAACGAAUUGAUAAUGAUGCUAUUAUUUUUUACUUUUGUUUUUUGUUUACUCUUUGGAAUAUUAUAAAGGUCUUUAUAUCAUUAGAGAUGUUUGAAGCUUCUUAGUUGUUAGUUCAUGGUGAUACAGAAACAUAUAUGAUUGAGUCAGUAUAACACUUGGAAUUAAAGCCUAAAUAAGGAUGGGAUUUGGAUCCUCGCCAGUUUGGUUUAGUGCAAUCUCAGCAACUUGUCCUAGUCUACCAUAUGCACGCAACAUCAUUGAUCGGUGGAUGAGCAAUUGAGAUUAGUGCAUGAUGAAAAACAUGAAAGAGAUGACAAGACAUGAUCCAUUUUCAUAUGUUCAACGUUGAUUGGACAUUUGGGAAUGAAGUUUACGAGUGGAGAUAAUGUCCAUUUUUUAAAAGAAAUAGAUUUUGGUAUAUAGAUGUAUAAUUAAUGUCACAA